AUGAGGGCAGCCAGCGCCUGUGAGGUUGGUGGUGCUGACGUUGGCUCUGCGAGGUCGGCUCAAGCAGCCUUUGCGCAGAGGCUACAGCUGCGCAGCCCGGGGAGGGGGGCGGUGCUGAUGUCUAAGAAGGAGGCGUUCUGGGAUUCGUUCCAGAGCUGGGAUGCUGACCGCCAGGAUGCCAUCGCAUCCCAGGCCCGUGACACGGAGGGCUGGCUUCAGAAGAAUCAGCAAGACAGGCACAAAGGAAAGCCAAGAACAGAAAAGGGCAACAGGGUGCCUACAACCACCCAGCGCCCUCCUCUAGGACGGGAGACCCUGGGCACGCCCUGGGCAGGGGACAGGAGUGCAGGACCCACCUCGCGCACCUCAGCCCCUGCCUUCCUGAGCCAGCCUGCUCCCCAGUCUCUGUUCCAGGCCCCACAGACUGCAGUGUGCCUCCAGGUGAAGGCCAAGGUCUGCCCUGGGGGCUGGAGGGGCCCCAGCCUGUUGCUGCUGCUGCUGGCACUGGCCGCUGCUGGGGCUGUGGCUGGAGGACUUCUUGGCUUUGCUCACAGUCCCCCCAAGCCUCUGCUGCAGAUGCUCCGUCUGACCCCCCCAAGCCCUGGGACACCCCGGGGGUCCAACCAAACUGCCCAGGUGGACGCGGCCCAGAAUGUGGCAACCAUCCGGGUGACCUCGGCUCAGAGCAACCGCAGCUGGGCAGUGCUGUUCGACGGGCAGAGCGGCUGCGUCUGUUACCGCCCCUCGGAACACCCAGCCUGCUUCCUCUGCCCGAUGGAGCCCCGAGACCGCGAGACCCUACAGCUGCUGGUGAACACGUCCAGGGACCACAGGCUCCCCGGCCCCAGCCAGGACACCCACUACACCCAGGAGCUGCUGGCAGUGCUGGGGAGCCGCGAGGUGGACCCUGCCCAGGUGGGUGACUCUGUGCGGCAUCUUUGUGGCAAGACGCCCAUUUACUGGGCCCGCCGAGCGGAGGGGCCCCAGAGGCAGCGGCUCAUCUACCUGUGCAUCGACAUCUGCUUCCCCAGCAACAUCUGCGUGUCCGUCUGCUUUUAUUACCUCCCAGACUAAGUGCUGCACCCGGCCAGCCCCCCAGG